AGGUACAGAAAUAUAUUGGAGAGAGACCAAAAAAAAAAAAAAGGAUAAUAGGAGGAAGGGAAAAUUAGAAAGGGUCGCCGUAUAGCUCUCUGUAUUAAUGGAGGCUGCUACUUUGGGAAGACACGGCCAUGGAGGUCUGGUCAAGGAAGAGAAAAUAGCUGAUAAUUCUAAGGCUACAACGGAUCAUUAUGAGGAAGGUUGCAAAGAAGAAGACUUUGCUGUCCAGAUUGAACAUGGAGGUGCAAAACAAAAGAUUACUGAUGACAUAACACCAUCUUCACCUAAACAACAAGAUCUCAUAAGUUGCAUCAAGCAGGUACCAAGCAAUACUACUGGUAUUGAAAGCUCCUCAAUGGAACGCGACUCAAUGGUGUCUUCUUCGAGUCGAAAGGAGCAGGAUGAGCAGCUUGUGUCUACCAGAGCUGAAAUGGGUGAGGUUAGAGAAGAAAACCAAAGGCUGAAAAUGUAUUUAGAUCGGAUAAUGAAGGACUACCAAACACUUCAAAUGCAAUUCUAUGGCAUUGUUCAACACGAAGCAAAGAAAUCCACCACUACUUCCGAAGCAAUAUCAAAGAAUCACCAACAAGAAACCGAUCAGGAAGCAGAACUUAUUUCCUUGAGACUCGGAAGUUUUUCAUCUAUUACUAAUUAUUAUCCCAAAAAAGAUGAAAAGAACAAAGCUUCUAGUGAUCAUGGGAAAGAGACAAGUAGUACUACUGAUCAUCAAGUUGAAGAAGGUUUGGCGUUAGGAUUGGACUGCAAGUUUGAACCUUCCAAAUCAUCAGGCGCAACUGAUCAAGGGCCAUUGUCGAAUCCUAGCCCCGCGAGCAGCUUUGAAGAAACUAACAAGGAAGAAGCUAGGGAGACAUGGCCACCUCCUAACAAAUCUUUGACGGCAAAGAGAAGCACAGAUGAUGAAGUUUCUCAACAAAGCCCUGCAAAGAAGGCUAGGGUUUCUGUCAGAGCUCGAUGUGAUACCCCUACGAUGAACGACGGAUGCCAAUGGAGGAAAUAUGGCCAAAAAAUUGCAAAAGGAAAUCCAUGCCCUCGAGCAUACUAUCGUUGCACUGUUGCACCGUCAUGUCCAGUAAGAAAACAGGUACAAAGAUGUGCUGAUGACAUGUCCAUCUUGACCACCACCUAUGAAGGAACUCACAACCACCCACUUCCUAUCUCAGCCACUGCAAUGGCUUCCACAACUUCUGCAGCAGCUUCCAUGCUUUUAUCAGCUUCAACAACUUCCUCUUCUCGUUCCGUCCUUAACCCAUUAUCAGCCACUACUACUCCUGCUGAUCUCCAUGGACUCAAUUUUUAUCUCUCAGGCAACUCAAAUCUCAAGCAAUUCUACUUGCCAAACGCUCCACUCUCUUCUACUUCACACCCAACCAUCACUCUAGACCUCACUUCAAACCCUUCAUCUUCCUCUCUUUUCAACAAGUUUUCCCCAAACUACCCUCCAUUGUAUUCUUCAUCAACAAGUCUCAAUUUUGGUUCCUCAGAAUCCAAUCUCAUGUCAUGGAGCAACAAUGGAUUCCUCAGCUAUGGUACUUCUAAUUCUCAGCCCUAUAACAACAGCAGGACCCAAAUUGGUAAUUUAAGCCUUGGAAGACAAAGUGGUACUAGUACUAGUACUAUGCAGCAGCAGAACAAUGUGUUUCAAAAUUUCUUGCAGAAAAAUGGCAAUAACGCAGUUCCUCAUAAUCCUCGUCCUCAAGGAUCGAUACUACUACCACAACAGGCUCUACCGGAUACUCUAGCCGCCGCCACGAAGGCCAUCACGGCGGAUCCUAGUUUCCAGUCGGCUUUAGCUGCUGCUCUGUCGACCAUCAUUGGAACACAAGGCAAUCAUGGUGGGGGUGGUGGUGGUUCCUAUGUUCAAACAACAAAGGGGAAUAAUGGAUGUGCAUCAAGCUAUUUGAAUAGAACAACUUCGAAUUUGCAGCCUGGAAAUUCGAUGUUUGCAUCGUCGUCUUCUUUGCCAUUUUCGAACUCAAAGAGUGGAUCUGCAUCGUCUGGUGAUCAUAGAGAGCAAACCAAUUAAAGGAGGUUGGAGGAGCUAUAUAUGUAAAUAGCUUGUUUACUUUCCCAAAAAAAAAAAACAAAAAAACAAAAAAACAAAACUAUACUUAGAAGCUAGUUAGAACUUUGUUUUUUAAUUUUUCUUUGGCCUGUAUAAUUAUUCAUACAUAUCAUAAAGAAAUUGUUUAGACAAGGGAAAGGAAAUGGAUUAACAAACUUAUGUACAUUAUUUUGUUUUUAAGUAGAUUUCUAUG